UAAUUAGUUCCAUCAACAGUAUCGAAUUCCUUGAUUAAAAAAAAAUGAUGCGCGUUUUUUAGAUCCUGCGUACAUUUUUACGGUGUAGUCUCUUUAAAUCUCAUGGAUUGGCUAUUUAAUUAAAUAUAAUAAUGAGACUAUACUUUAUUUUGAUAUAUUUAGGUGUCAUAGUAUCAGCGAAAAAACAUAAACAUAGGUCCUCAGACAAGGACAGUACGACAGAGGCGACUCGAACGAGAUCGUGGGAAAGUGCAGAGCACGAUGCGGAAACUAUCACGUUCGUCGACACAUAUUUGGAUCUUAGAGGAACUAUGAGGAAGGAAUUCGCUCUGGAAGCAGCGUUCGUGGAUCACGCGAGGAAUAUGAUAUGUUCUCCAAUGUCUGCGCUAAUGCCUUUAGGAAAAUUGGCACUGGGGGCAGAAGGAAGAUCAGAAAGAGAAUUAUUAAAGGCGUUAGGUCUUGAAAGUAGUAAGCAAUUAGAAACCUCGUUCGCACAUUUGAUCACAAACAUGCAAUAUCUGCCCGGAGUUACUCUGGAUGUGGCCAGCAGAGUAUAUGUUGCAUCGGAUAAAUCACUAAACAGAAAAUUUGAAAAACACACUAAACAAAUUUUUAAGUCCUCUUGUCAGAGGAUUGAUACCUCAGAACCAUCGGACACCGCAUCGAUGAUUAACAAUUGGGUAAGAGAAAAAACACGAGGAAAAAUAAAAAGGUUGAUUGAACCAUCGGAUAUUUCAAAACACACUUCUCUUAUUCUGGUCAACGCCAUUUAUUUCUACGGAACUUGGCAUGAACGAUUCACCAAGACAUACACAGACGACUUUCAUUCAGCAUCAGGAACGCGCCGUAUACCAAUGAUGUCUCGGGAAGGGACAUACAAUUACUACCAAUGUGAUACUUUGAACGCUCAGAUCGUCGAAAUUCCUUACGAAGGAGGGCAAUCUUCAAUGAUUGUUGUGCUUCCAUACAAUAAGAAUGGUCUUCCAGUACUGCUACGAGCUUUAAAACUAGCCCCUGAACUAUUAAACCAAGCUUUGGAGAAAAUGAAAAAAGCAGACCUUAUAUUGUGCAUGCCUAAGUUCAAAAUUGAAACUGAUUUCGAUCUAGGUGAUUUGUAUAAAAAGGUCGGAGUACGUUCAAUAUUUGACCCAAAAAAAUCAAAAUUGACCGGUAUAAUUGAUGACGAAACCGUUCAUGUUUCUAAAGCCAUACAUAAAGCUGUUAUAGAAGUCAAUGAGAAGGGAACUGAAGCGGCGGCUAGUUCAGUAGCGGGAUUACAGCAGCUCUCAUAUUUGAACCUUCCUAUACUCCAUGCUAAUCGGCCGUUUAUGUUCCACAUAGUGUUUUACAAAGAGCAAAUGUUCUCUGGAGUAUAUUCUGGAUAGUAAAUAAUAUUUUUUGGGCAGUAAUCGAUCUUUAAAGUACAUCAUUAUAUUUUGUUCAUUAAAGGUAAGCGUCCACAGGCCCGCAUCGUACGCAUUCCGUAUGACGUCAUCAGUACGCAUCGCAUAUAGGCAUUGCCGAUGAUGCGGUUUAGUGGACGAAGUUGUAUAAGUUUCUAUACAAGACAAAUUAAAAUCCAUGGCGUGCGAUGCGUACGAUGCGGGCCUGUGGACGCGUACUUUAAAUCAGUUGUCAGUAUAAAACUAAACCUCAACUAAGGAAUGUGUCGCUUGAUAUAUUAUUAUUAUGUGAAAUUAUAAAUAAAUGGUUUGAAAGUG